AUGCUGUCCUUGGACACCUCAGGCUACUCACUUGCAAAUUACCAAUCAAGAAGCUUUAAUCAGCUCACUUUCCGUAUUCUUCAUCCAAUCAUUAUUCGGAAAUUUGGCCUUCAUGAGUCAAUUAAAGCUGAUGCCAGUCUGCCACGGAUUCCUGUAGUGCUACUAAAUGGUGCCAACCAAGAAGAAGUUGUCCGUGUUCACUUCAGUGAUAUUGACUCUGGUAUUCUGCAAAACAAUUUUUACUACCAACCUGUGGAGGCUUUUCUUCUUCCAAAAGACUUUGAAGGAAUUCUAAUGCUUGAUAUUCCUGAAAACACAGAUAUCUCGUAUUCUGGUAACAUAAACAACAUCUCGGCAGUGUUUUGCUUACCUCCAGAUAGUGACACUGUUAUUUACUUUUAUCAAAGCAACCCCAACAUACGUUGCUGGUCGCAACUGGCUACGAAUUUCAUCUAUGACAUAGAUGAUUUUGGAGAUUUGGAGAGGCAUAUAACAAGUCGUCCUGAACGACACAAGAAAUGGACGGCAGAAAAAUGGAUAGAAGAACAACGUUUAUUAGAAGAGAAAAACAAAUUUUCUGAUUUAAUGGUUGUUCAACAGAUAGAUGUGUACAGAAAUUUGGCAAACAAGUUGCUUCUAGCUCAGAAAAAGCUGAUGAAAUGGCACACAUAUUCUUAUGUAUUGAAAUCUGAUGAUGAUUGUUUUCUUAAUUUGAAGCAAAUUCUAAAGCAUUUAGACAGCAUCGAGUAUAAAACAUUUUGGUUUGGUAAAUUCCGUUCCAACUGGGCAGUUGACAGAUAUGGCAAAUGGGCCGAAUGGCUCUAUGAUUCUGUGGUGUAUCCGAAAUUUGCUUGUGGAUCUGGUAAUGUAAUCACGUCAGAUAUUAGUCAAUGGCUCGCAAACUCUUCUGAUUACUUGAAAGUUUAUCAGGGGGAAGAUGUGACGAUGGGCAUUUGGUUAGCAGCAGCUUUUGGUCCAGUCACUGUGGAUGACCAGCGAUGGCAUUGUACAAAAACUUGCUCCCCUGACAUGUUUUCCAUGCCGGAUCUCACCGCGGAGGAAUUGUCACGUAUGUGGGCUGACAACAUGAACUGUGGCAACCCAUGCGGAUGUGAGUGA